AUGGAUGCCCUAGAGGUGUACAUUGUUGAGGUUGAAAGACAAUUAGAUAAAAGAGUGAAAAUUAUUAGAUCAGAUAGAGGUGGUGAAUAUUAUGGUAGAUAUGAUGGAUUGGGUCAACGCCCUGGCCCAUUUGCUAAACUCUUAGAAAAGCAUGGUAUAUGUGCACAAUACACUAUGCCAGGUAAUGCCAGAUUCAUUGAGAAUGGUGAAAUCCGUGGGAGUGAUCAAUUACAAAAAACAAAUAUUCAAGAAGUUAGGGUGCAAGUCCCACUACCCAUAACUUCUAAAGAAAUUGUUGUUCCUACAAUUGUAGAAUCUUUUGACAAUGUUGAACAACAAAUUAAUGAUCAAUCACUCUCUAAUGAGACUAUCACUAAUGAAUCAAUUAUGGAAGAACCACAACAAUCAACAUUAAGAAGGUCUCAAAGAGAACGUAGACAUGCUAUUUCAGAUGAUUAUGUGGUUUAUUUACAAGAAUCUGAUUAUGAUAUUAGGACAAGUAAAGACCCGGUUUCAUUUUCACAAGCCAUUGGCUGUAGUGAUUCUGAUAAAUGGAUUGAUGCCAUGAAUGAUGAGUUGAAAUCAAUGGAUCAAAACAAAGUCUGGGAACUUGUCGAAUUACCUGAAGGAUAUAAAAUAGUUAGUUGUAAAUGGGUCUUUAAGACCAAACGCGACUCAAAAGGCAAUAUUGAACGACAUAAAGCUAGACUUGUGGUCAAAGGUUUCACUUAA